UCUCUCUCUCUCUUACACACACACACUCACACAGAUCCAGGUAUAGAGAGUGAUCUCUGACAGGCAGCAGGCGACACCUCUCCACCUGUCACCAGCAUGAAGCUCCUGAUGGCUCUGCUGCUGCUCUACGCCACGGCUCUGCUGACACUGACACUUGAACAGGCCGAUUCGAGCACAACGGUUUCUCCCAACAGCACAGCAACAUCAUCUGGCUCAUCUUCAUCCACCUCCUCAAGCUCCACCUCCUCAAGCGCCACCUCCUCAAGCUCCACCUCCUCAAGCUCCACCUCCACAAGCUCCACCUCCUCAAGCUCCCCCUCCUCAGGCACCACCACCACAAACUCCACGACCACCAACUCCACCAGCGUCACUGCCAGCCUGAGCACCACCCCGAAAGGAGGAAGCUGGAGGAUUAGCGCAUCGGGCACCACGUUCAUCCUGACUCAGCUGUUCCUCGCUUUAAAAAUGACUUAUUAACAUAUUAAACAAACAAAUAUAUAUAUAUAUAUAUAUAUAUAUAUAUAUAUAUAUAUAUUACUCUAGAAGCAAUACUCUCGCUUUUACCCUCUUACUUCACUGCUUCUGUAUGAUUCUCAACCUACACCAUGUUUAAAAGUCCUUGUAUCUCCAAAAUGACUACAUUUUUCAGAAGAAGAAAAAAAUUCUUAACUUUUAUUGGAAGUCAAUGAAACAUGUUUUAUUCCAGACCAGGUCAUUGUGAAGCAUCUCUGUUGGUCCAUGAAAUUAAUAAAAAAAACAACUGCCAGAUUAAAGUUAUGUCAAAAAGUUAUAUCUUCAUUUUUUGUUCUAUAUAACAAUAAUGAUACCUACAAUGUCAUAUAAGCCAUUGCCUUAAAAUGAAUGUGCAGUUUAGACACUGCUAUAUGAUGAAGGCACACCAGAAUUAUAUUUUACAUAGAUUUUUUUCUAUGUAAAUGCACUUUUCUUUAACAUGUUUCUUUAUGUACAUUUUGAUAACAUUCAUUACAAUCAUUUCAAAUAAUUAAAUAUAAUAAUGUAAAGUGUAAAUUUAUAGAAUUAAAGUUUUUGUUCACUUCCUCCUUA